CAGGAUACUACGACUUUCCUCCAUCGAUAAAUACCGGUCCACUGCAAUACCGUGCUACUAAAACUACUUCACUUCUCGACAUCUUUUACAAACUCACUUUCGUCAUGAACCACUUUCCUGGAACAUGGGGCCGGCCCAGGGAUGAUGUCUACGGACCAUACGACUCAUCAUACCUCCAAACCACGGGACCUAAAACACACACUCAGUCGCCAGCAGUUACUGGAACCUCGGUCAUCGCCGUCAAAUUCAAUGGAGGUGUUGCUAUUGCUGCCGAUAACUUGGCAUCAUAUGGAUCUUUGGCCCGAUUCACAGACGUCAAACGCCUACGCAAAUUCGGCGACGCCGCUGUCAUCGGAUUCAGCGGCGACGUAUCAGACAUGCAGUACAUCGACCGCCUUCUAGAGUCCAUUGAUAUCCGCGAAAACUACUCAGUGCAUGGUAAUCAGCUCAACGCGAAGAAUCUUCACACCUAUCUGUCGAAAGUUUUCUACAAGCGGCGGUCUGAUUUUAAUCCGCUGUGGAACCAUAUCCUUGUCGCUGGAUUUGAUUCGGAAAAGAAGCCUUUUCUGAGCUCUGCCGAUUUGCUCGGAACUACGUUUUCAGCCCCGCACCUUGCUACUGGCUUUGGUGCUCAUCUCGCGAUCCCAAUCCUUCGUCGAUUGUUCCCAGAGGAGCGCCCUAUUGAGGAAAUCAGCAAGGAAGAUGCAGUGUCGGCUUUGAAGGACUGUCUCAAAGUUCUCUGGUACCGUGAUGCGCGAAGUAUGGACAAGUACUCUCUAGCCUUAAUUACGCAGGAGGGAAUUGAGAUGCAUGAAGAUCAACAGGUCGAGGCUCAGAACUGGGCGUUUGCUGAGAGCAUCAAGGGAUAUGGGGCACAAGCUGUUUAGUACGUAGAUUUAGGAUUUUAACAGCAUUAUGAAAUGACUGUUUUUGCGACUCUGUCUUGUCCCCAGUCAGGGGCCAUUUC